GUGACUGUUAGCAUUGUGUCGUCGUUGUCGUGGCAUGUUGCACGCGCUUAGCGGAUGCAUUGCCAUUAUUUGUGCACACACACAACUGUAAUAUACAAUAAAAUGUAGAUUUGAUUAGAUUUGAUUGCUCUGUGUCACGUGUUGUCAAAAACAAGAAAAUACCGCUUGAUAUUUUAAUAAGUAAAUGUCGCACAAUACGCAAAUGUGAAGUGAAAACAAUACAAUUAUAAUUACUAAAAUAUAUACAAAUAUAUACUGAUUCCUAAAAUUAACUCCUUAAACGGUGCGGUGGUUUCCUUCCGCCACGCUGUCGGGUAUAUGUGCAUGUCGGAGAAGUGCAGCUAAAAUUUGAACAAAGCCUACAAUUACACAUAAAAAUUAUAAUAAAUCUCAACAAAACCAAAACACAGUAAAAUCAACAAAAUGGGGCGACAAUUGCGGCCUUCUGUGCUCGCAACUUUAUUCUGUUUAGUGUUCAUAGCUAAGGACGUUGUCUGCGAGGGACCACACGUCGAUUCAGCAUCCUUACCAUUGGAACAUAGAUCCGUUUACGGCCCACCUGCACCGUCGCCUGUCUAUGGCGCUCAACAAGGUCCAGUACCCGCYGGUGUUAGCAACGAAAUCUCCGACGAAGCCUGGCCACUCUCCGCUACCAAUGAUAGUCCGCAAAUCAAACAUUUACAGGUGCAAUGCGAAAAGACACACAUGCGUGUUAACAUCGAAUUCGAUCGUCCCUUCUAUGGUAUGAUCUUUUCGAAGGGCUUCUAUAGCGAUCCACACUGUGUGCAUCUGAAACCUGGUACUGGUCAYUUGAGCGCCACUUUUGAGAUCUUCCUCAAUAGUUGCGGCAUGACCAGUUCAGCUAAUCACAAUGCGGCCGGUUACGGUGCACCAACGCCUUCGGGUAGUUAUGUGGAGAAUACGAUUAUCAUACAAUAUGAUCCUUAUGUGCAAGAGGUGUGGGAUCARGCCAGAAAACUGCGUUGCACAUGGUACGAUUUUUACGAAAAAGCCGUCACAUUCCGCCCRUUCCAAGUUGAUAUGCUGCAUGCGGUUACGGCCAAUUUCCUCGGCGAUAAUCUACAGUGUUGGAUGCAAAUUCAAGUAGGCAAAGGUCCAUGGGCUUCUGAAGUAUCAGGAAUUGUGAAAAUUGGUCAGACUAUGACGAUGGUUUUGGCUAUUAAAGACGAUGAGAACAAAUUCGAUAUGUUGGUACGCAACUGUGUAGCUCAUGAUGGCAAACGUGCACCCAUACAAUUGGUCGAUCAAAACGGUUGUGUGGUACGUCCAAAGAUUAUGAGCAAAUUCCAGAAGAUUAAGAAUUUCGGGCCAUCAGCGUCGGUUGUCAGUUUCGCCUACUUCCAAGCAUUCAAAUUCCCCGACUCUAUGAAUGUACACUUCCAGUGCGUAAUACAAGUUUGCCGUUAUAACUGUCCCGAACCCAAGUGUGGACCUGGACUGCCAGGUGGUGAAUACGGUGUACCACAAAUUGGCAAUAACGCGCUGUCAGCAGAAUAUGGCGCACCAGAACCAUAUGAUCGCAACGAUUACCAAUUGGGUGGUCUGCCACCAGCUGCCUAUCCAGAUCCACGUCACCAAGCUGCUGAUGCCACCGGUGCCUACUCUGAAAAUCAACCCGAUGUAGUGCCCUCACCUCAAGCACAAACUGCCGGCGUCACCACACCCGAGGCUGGGUUACAAAGUUCACAAGCGACACCACAAAGCUCCAACGAGUUGCAUAUGCCACCGCCACCAUUACCUGGUCAACCUGGUCUCUAUAGUACUGUGAAGCGUAAAGACGAUAUCGAGGGUGGUAAUCUAGUGUCACURGGUGGACGUCCUCGUUCGGUUGAAGGACUUGACGAUUUGCGUGGCGUACGCAGACGACGUGAUACGAUAGAUAUUGUGGUGAAACCGCGUAUCUACAAGCGCGACACGCAGGAGAUGACCGACGUGAACACAAGCCGAACCAUUCAAGUGGUGGCGCCUGGCGAUGUCAACUUUGCGCUCAACAAUAACUCCAACAAUGAGACCGUAGUCAUACAAUCGGCACGAUCAGCUGAUCCUGAAACGAUUUGUAUGUCAGUGCCGAGCUUCGUCGGUGGCCUAGUAAUGUUGUUGUUGGUGCUAGCAGUAGCAUCUCUAGUCGCUGCAUUCCUCUUCGUGCGAGUACGGCAUUUCGAUCGGAAAGGUGCCUCCAUGGCGUAUGUUAACUAAUUGAGGAAAAUGUUCGAUGCCCAAAGCGAAAAAUUCAACCACAACCACUGCCUGCUAUCACUCACACUGCUCAAAGUUAAGAAAGACGGUCGGGUUGCCAGUCGGAAGUGGUUGGAGCAGACGAACUGACGCUUAUACAGAAACGAUAUUUGUCAUCACACAUCAAAUAACAUCAAACCACAUAAAAAAGCUAAAUCAUACACACAAGCGAGCACAAUCGAACGGUAAACAAAUCAGAUAUCCGCUGAAAAGUUCCUUUUGGAGAUCGUGCGGUCGUAUGUCUGUGUAUGGUACGUGGACGCAAUCACGAUUACACCAGUUUCUAUUUGCACGACUGCCAGCGGAGGCGGAAACCGAAUCGAACAUGCAUAUUGGGAUGGGUGUAAACUCGUUGCGGCCCAUUCAGCAUCCCAUCACCAAAUCCGACGAACCUAAUUUAUAGAUAUUUCACUGCUUCUAAUUUAUUUAAUUUAUUUAUUUAUUCUAUCUACAUAUUGUACGAAACGCGAGAAAUAAACACUUUUUAAAGACACAGUCUCUUUAAUAUUAUGUUGUUAGGCUUCCCUAAUAAAUGCUUGAAUAAUUUCGACUCAACGCCUGGGGUGUGACGUACRUGGGUACGAUGCUCCGGCUCAAAUCAGUCGUUUAACCUAAGGUUCAAUUUUAAAAUAAAAUAUAAAUAUAUAAAUAUUAAUCAGCAAUUGAUGAAUUAUGCGAUACGAAAUAGAAAAGAGAUAAGUGAAAAAGAAAAGAGAGGGGAGAAGAGCAAAAACAAAAUCAAAAAAUCUUACAAAUAAGUUAACGUAGCAACUUGUGUAUAUAUUAAAUUAUUUUUAUUUAAUAGACCUGAAUAAAUUUGUAUUUGACAUGAAA